AUGGAAGCGAAUCCCCUUGCCAACGCUGAUGGUUUCUUUCCAUUUGCACGGAAGAUGCUGCUUGAUGCUCACAAGCGAUCUGGGAAUGAGGCAUUAGCAGACGGGAUUGUCGGCGAGAUUGCACAGCCGAGCGAGAUGCUUGACGUCACGUCGAAGAAGGCUAAGGAGAUCCAAGGUAGAGCAAAGAUGGGCGUUUAUAGGCUGUUGAGAAACGAGCGCCGGGGUGAGGCGUCAGAAGCGUUCCUGAAGAUUAGCUACGUACAUGGGAAAGUUACGAACCCGCCUCUGAAGGCCAAGAUCUAG